AUGGAAAUUCCCACGAGACACACGCCUGAAGAAGAAGAAGAGAUGGAGAAAGAGAUGAUGCAACGAUUGGAAGAAGAUAACGAGUGGCUGCGCGAGCAGUAUAACGAAGCCAAGUCGAAGGCAGAGAGAGCAGACGAGCUCGAAACUGAGCUGCAGAGUGCGGACAGGGCAUACGAACGCCUCCAAAACGACAAGGACAAUGCUGAAACGAGGCUUCGAGACAAGCUCGCCACGAAGCUGCAUCAGCAAAAACAACACUUCGCCCGCAUGAGGAAAGAGGAUAAGGUGAGGAUUCGCGACUUGGAAGCUGAGGUUACACAGCUAAGGGCCCAAAUAACAGCUCCCCCCUUGCAAGCUACCCUUGAGGAGGUGCUGAGGGACAUGAAGCGAUUGGGUUUGGAAGGGAAAUUUUCUGGUGAGAACAAGCAUGGGACGACGAUGGAAGACGACGACGAGCCUAGUUGCAAGAGGAAGAGAAAAGCUAGAGAUCCGACAGCGGAGCCGCAAGAACCAGAGCCAUCCUACCUUGUGAAUCGAUGGGGACCCUAA